AUGGAUGCUGGACACAUCAUUCUGGGAAGGCCAUGGCAAUCUGAUAGGCGUGUCUGCAUGAUGGCUUUCACAAACAAGUACACCUUCCUUCACAAGGGGCGUAAGACCACUCUCAUUCCCUUAACCCCUCAAGAGGUGUAUGAAGAUCAAGUUCAGUUGAGUGGCCAAAAGACUAAACCUCAAGCCAAGAAGGAGCCAACCAAAUCCAACAAGUCCCUGAACUAUCUGGCCAAAUCCAAACAGGUUAAAAGUUCCAUGUCUUCUGAUAAGCCUUUUCUCUUAUUCAUCUUUAAAGGAUCAUUUAACCUCUUGAUUGAUAAUGCACCGGAGAUUCCGAGUGAGAUGUCCAAACUUUUACAGGAUUUCCAGGAUGUGUUUCCAGAUGAUUGUCCCAAGGGAUUGCCACCAGUCAGAGGCAUUGAGCAUCAAAUAGACUUUGUCCUGGAUCCACUUCCAAACCGUCCAGCAUACAGAACCAAUCCUGUGGAAACCAAAGAACUCCAGCGCCAAAUUGAUGAGCUUAUGGAUAAGGGUCACAUCAGGGAAAGCAUGAGUCCUUGUGCUGUUCCUGUUCUUCUUGUGCCCAAGAAAGAUGGGAGUUGGCGCAUGUGUGUGGACUGCAGAGCCAUCAACAAUAUCACUGUAAAGUAUCGACAUCCUAUCCCUAGACUUGAUGAUAUGCUUGAUGAGUUGCAUGGUUCUAGCAUUUUCUCUAAAAUUGAUUUAAAAAGUGGUUAUCAUCAGAUUAGGAUGAAAGAAGGUGAUGAAUGGAAAACUGCAUUUAAAACUAAACAUGGUCUUUAUGAAUGGCUUGUCAUGCCAUUUGGUCUCACUAAUGCACCUAGUACAUUCAUGCGCUUAAUGAACCAUAUCCUGAGAAACUUCAUUGGUCAUUUUGUUGUGGUUUACUUUGAUGACAUCUUGAUUUACAGCAAGAACCUUGAAGAGCAUCUAGAUCACCUUGCAUCUAUGGAGUCAAGGUGGAUGAAGAGAAAGUUGCAGCAAUCAGAGAAUGGCCAAGUCCUAAGACAUCAUCAAGAAAGAAGUUGGAUUCAAGUGGGAGAAAGCACAGGAGGAUGCUUUCCAGCUCUCAAGGAUCGCUUGACUAAUGCCCCUGUUCUUAUUUUACCUGACUUCUUGAAAACUUUUGAGAUUGAAUGUGAUGCUUCAGGUAUAGGCAUUGGAGCUGUCUUGAUGCAGGACAAGAAGCCAAUUGCUUUCUUUAGUGAAAAGCUUGGAGGAGCCACUCUCAACUAUCCAACCUAUGACAAAGAACUCUAUGCCUUGGUCCGCGCCUUACAAACUUGGCAACACUAUCUCUGGCCAAAGGAGUUUGUCAUCCACACAGACCAUGAAUCUCUCAAACAUCUCAAGGGCCAACAGAAGCUCAACAAGAGGCAUGCCAGGUGGGUUGAAUUCAUUGAGACAUUCCCAUAUGUCAUCAAGUACAAAAAAGGUAAGGACAAUGUUGUAGCCGACGCAUUGUCCAGGAGGUACACUCUUCUCUCAACUCUUGAUGCUAAACUCUUGGGCUUUGAACAGAUAAAAGACUUGUAUGCUUCUGAUUCUGAUUUUGCUGAGAUUUAUAAGUCUUGUUCUAAGUUUGCUUUUGGCCGAUACUACAGACAAGAUGGGUUUCUCUUCUAUGAGAACCGUCUCUGUGUGCCUAAUUGUUCUUUGAGGGAUUUGUUUGUCAGGGAAGCACAUGGAGGAGGCUUGAUGGGACACUUUGGUGUGGCCAAAACACUUCAAGUCAUGAGAGAUCAUUUUCAUUGGCCGCACAUGAUCAGAGAUGUGGAGAGGAUUUGUUCUAGAUGUGCAACUUGUAAACAAUCCAAAUCUAAGGUUCAACCUCACGGUUUGUACACUCCUCUCCCUAUUCCAUCUCAUCCCUGGACUGAUAUAUCUAUGGAUUUUGUGCUUGGAUUGCCUAGGACUAGAACUGGAAAAGAUUCUAUCUUUGUGAUAGUUGAUAGGUUCUCAAAAAUGGCUCAUUUUGUAGCAUGUCAUAAGACUGAUGAUGCAUCUCAUGUAGCUGCUCUGUUCUUUAAAGAGAUUGUUAGAUUGCAUGGCAUGCCGCGCACCAUUGUUUCUGAUCGUGAUACAAAGUUCCUGAGUUAUUUUUGGAAAACUUUGUGGUCUAAGUUGGGUACUAAGCUUUUGUUUUCUACUACUUGUCACCCUCAAACUGAUGGCCAAACUGAAGUUGUUAAUAGAACUCUUGGAACUUUGUUGCGCGCCUUGAUUAAAAAGAAUCUUAAAAGUUGGGAUGAAUGUUUGCCACAUAUUGAGUUUGCAUAUAACCAUGCUGUGCAUUCUGCUUCUAAGUUUUCUCCUUUUGAAAUUGUUUAUGGGUUUAAGCCCAUCUCUCCUUUGGAUUUGAUGCCUUUGCCUUUGAGUGAAAGAUUAAGCACAGAUGGAAAGCACAAGGCAGAAACAGUCAGGAAGAUCCAUGAGCAAGCCAGAAGGAACAUUGAGGCUAAAACCAAGCAGUAUGCUCAACAAGCCAACAAGGGCCGAAAGGAAGAUGAUCUUUGA